UGAAAAAUCUUGAUUGCUAAACACAUGACCAAGAAAGUGAUUAGUUAGCUUGAGGUAAGUGCUCAAUUAUCACCAAGACUGAUAAGCAAUCUAAAACAGAGGGAGUAGAGAUAAAUUGACUUCUAAAAUGCCUUAAAUGGAUAUAGUCAUGUAAGUUCACAAGAAAUUUAACGGACUAGUAAUGAACACUGCCCUUUCACUCUGCAGUUACAAGCUAUUAUUAUUAUUUAGAUUUUUCUCAUUCUUUGGCACACUAAUUUUGCAAGCAAGUAACUUCAGAAACCCUGAUGUGAACUUCCAGUUGAUAAAAAUCUAGAUUUAACUGGCAUAAUUGAGGUGUUCUUCGAGAAGGCUUUUGGAACUGAAUUAGCAGGUGCAGAGGGUAUUAUUAUAAGCCCCAGGUUUCCGUCCACGUUCACGUAAACCUACGAGGGAAAACUGCAGGCACGCUGCCGGAGGGAGCCGCCAGGUGGCACUCACGCACAGCUGCUUUGGCCACCACAGGCGCCCCGGGGCGCUCUCUUCCCUCUUCUCGCUCAUCCCAGCUUCCGCCGGAAGCGGCUCUUGUCUGUUGUUGUCCUCAGGUGCUUGGGCUUGUUGGGCUGCACAUCCAGUAGGUUCGCGGCCGCCGGCCCGGUCGGGCUGUGUCCGAGGAGGUGGAGCGGGAAACUGGAGCUUCAAUUCUGUCGGCGAGAUGGACAUUCUGAAAUCGGAGAUCCUUCGGAAGCGGCAGCUGGUGGAGGACAGGAACCUGCUGGUGGAAAAUAAAAAAUAUUUCAAGCGUAGUGAACUUGCCAAAAAAGAAGAGGAAGCAUAUUUUGAAAGAUGUGGCUACAAGCCUAUAAAUGAGAAGCCAUCUGGAGAGAUACAGCCUCAAGAGGAGGACCAGAAACCAUUAACUUCAUCGAACCCGGUGUUAGAACUUGAACUGGCGGAGGAAAAAUUACCCAUGACGCUUUCUAGGCAAGAGGUCAUCAGAAGGUUGAGAGAAAGAGGAGAACCAAUCAGACUAUUUGGAGAAACCGAUUAUGAUGCUUUUCAACGUUUAAGAAAAAUAGAGAUCCUCACACCAGAAGUUAACAAGGGAUUGAGGAAUGAUUUGAAAGCAGCCUUGGAUAAGAUUGAUCAGCAGUACCUGAAUGAAAUCGUGGGUGGUCAGGAGCCUGGAGAGGAAGACACACAGAAUGAUUUGAAAGUUCAUGAGGAAAACACCACAAUUGAAGAGUUAGAGGCGCUGGGAGAGUCCUUAGGGAAAGGCGAUGAUCAUAAAGACAUGGACAUCAUCACCAAAUUCCUGAAGUUUCUUCUUGGUGUUUGGGCUAAAGAACUGAAUGGCAGAGAAGAUUAUGUGAAACGCAGUGUGCAGGGUAAACUGAACAGUGCCACCCAGAAGCAGACCGAGUCCUACCUCAGACCGCUUUUCAGAAAGCUACGGAAAAGGAAUCUUCCUGCGGAUAUUAAAGAGUCAAUAACGGAUAUUAUUAAAUUCAUGUUGCAAAGAGAAUAUGUGAAGGCGAAUGACGCAUAUCUUCAGAUGGCCAUCGGAAAUGCGCCUUGGCCUAUCGGCGUCACCAUGGUUGGCAUCCAUGCCAGAACCGGAAGAGAGAAGAUUUUUUCCAAGCAUGUUGCACAUGUGUUAAAUGAUGAAACUCAGCGGAAAUAUAUUCAGGGAUUGAAGAGGUUAAUGACUAUUUGCCAGAAACACUUUCCUACCGAUCCAUCCAAAUGUGUGGAGUACAAUGCACUGUGAGAUGUGUGUAUGGUGUGUAAAUAACAAUAAGAAACUUACAGAAGCAGGCUGUGGACUUUUGGAAUUACCAACAGGAAUGAGGAAAGAAGAAAACUGGAGUUUCCAGUCUCUGAGUUCUACCUGAUGUCACCCUUGAUUGGUUUUCGGAACUCUGUUGGUCUUCGUAGCGUAUCUGACUACAAGCUGAUUUUUCUUUCUUGCCUUCAUUUUAAUUAGUCCAAAAUUAAGUUUUAAAGACUUUCUCACAAUUUAAAUCCGUAGACAACAGAAGGGGGUUUAAAACCCUUUUUUCAGUUGACCUGAAAGUUGUGGUUAGAUGAUUAAAAAGAAACAUUUGAGGAUGGACUUAAUUGUUUCAGUAAAAUACUAUAAUUUGCAUAUUGUCUUUUAUGUAGUAUUUAUAUAAAAUAUUUUUAUAAAUUUCAAAAACAUGGGACCAUUGAAUGAAACUUCAUAGUCUUUAAAUGUUGCCCAACUUUUGCCAUCUUGCAAUAGAAUUUGAAUGUAAAUAUUA